UCUUUAAUAAUUCAAAACAUGGCUACCAUGUGAAAAAUAAAUUAGUCGCAUUACAGUUUGUAAACAAAUUUCUAUUUAGUUUUUACGGUAGUUUUGUUUCGUGCUAGCAGUCGAAACUUAUCAGCAGUAAAAAGAAUAUAUUUCUUCAAUGAAAUUUAUAAGAAAUUGAUGUGGCUUUCAGAAGUGAGUCAUUCGUGUUUUUUAACAGCUCCAACUACAAAUUAAUGUCCGUUCAAUGUGAUCUAACGGAUUUCUGGAAAAUAAAAAUAUAUCUAUACGUUAAUAUUCUAUGUGGUUGUGAGAUAUAGCUUCCAAAUGAACACUAAAUAAUGGUAACCUUACUUUAUGAUCUAAGGAAAGUUCUGAGAAAUAAUAAUAAACUAUUUUAAUAGCCGUGCUAUGGAGUAGUUUAUUUAAGAACGAAAAUGAUAACUUGUUAUACAAUUAUAAGUCUCCAUAUAUAUACGUCUACAAUUAAACAUAUCGACAAGCAAACACUUCUAUAUUCAAAAAUUAUUGUAAAAAUUUAUGCUAAAGUGUGUUAAUAACGUGUGUGUAAAUAAUAAAGAAAAUUACUCUUUGUUAGUGUCAUGAAUAAAAUGAAAAUCUGCACUUAAGAAUAUAUUUUUCAGCAAAUUUGUUUUUGAAAAAGAUUAUACUAUGUUGAAAUAUUGAAUAAGUCACUUAUGUGAUAAAGAUUAUAUGUAUAAUAUUGUUUGUAAAUUGACCUCAAUGGAUUCUAUUGAAUUUGAUGCAAUUAUCAGACAUCCGAGAACCAUAAUUCAUAUAGAUGUUGAUUGUUUCUAUGCUCAAAUAGAGAUGCUUAGGCAUCCAGAGCUACAAGGCAAACCAUUGGGGGUGCAACAAAAAAGUAUAGUAGUGACAAGCAAUUAUUUAGCACGAGAACAUGGAAUAAAAAAAUGUAUGUCAGUACAGGAAGCUUUACAAUUAUGUCCAGGACUGGUGUUGGUAAAUGGUGAAGAUUUAACAAACUAUCGUCACUAUUCUGCUAAAGUACUGGAGAUAUUGCAUCAGUUUACUCCAUUAGUUGAAAGAUUGGGUCUUGAUGACAAUUUUAUGGACGUAACUUCUAUUGUACAAAAAUAUAUGAAUUCUGGAAAUAAUUCAGAGUUAAAUUUAAGUAUUAACAUGGAAGAUGAAAAUCCAGUUGGUAAAGUAUUUGGUACCUCCGAAGAAGAAUGUCCUUGUGGCUGUCAUGCUCGAUUAAUUAUAGCUUCCAAAAUUGCAGCAGAAAUAAGAAAACGAAUUUAUAAAGACUUGCAUAUUACAUGCAGUGCUGGAAUAGCACAUAAUAAGCUUUUAGCAAAACUGGUGGGAUCAUUACAUAAACCAAAUCAUCAAACACUAGUAUUCCCAUGCAGUGCACCUAUGUUCUUGUCUACUAUAGGAUCUGUAUCUAAAAUACCAGGUGUUGGGCAAAAAACUGCACAAUUGUUAAUUUCCAACAACAUAAAAACAGUGGAUGAUCUAAGAAAAACACCUUUGGAAACCUUAGAGAUGAAAAUUGGUAUUGAUUUAGCACGAAAAUUAAAAGAUAAUGCCGAAGGUAUCGACGAGACCGUCGUUAAACCAACAGGAAAGAGACAGAGUAUAGGUUUAGAAGAUGGUUUCAAGAGUGUUUCUUUGGUAGCUGAAGUAGAAUCAAGACUAGGAGCACUUCUGAGAAGAUUAACAGAAUUAGCUAUGGAGGAUGGUAGAAUUCCCAUUGCUAUGAGAUUAACUGUUAGGAAACAUGAUUUUAAUAAACCAACUUCUGGUAAAAGAGAAACUCGACAAUGCGCUUUACCGAAACACCUAUUGCCUUCUACAAAAUCUGGUGUUUAUGAUCAUGCUAAAAUGUUGGCACUAGCAAUGAAACUAUUUCACCGUACUGUCGAUGUUUCUAAACCAUUCCAUUUAACUCUUUUAGGAGUUGCUUUCACGAAAUUCGAAGAGAGAUCUUCUGGAAAGAAUAGUAUUACAUCUUUCUUGCGAAAACAGGUCGCUGUUCAGUCUGUUCUGGAUAUAAGCUCGGAAGAAGGCGUUUCCGACAUUAAUCUCGGAUCACCAAUGAGCGUAAAUCAAGAUAGUAACGACGGUUCUACGAUGAGUACCACCUCCUCGCCAGUUUCGAAAUCAAUAGGUGCUAACAACCAGAGUGCGGACGAUGAUGUAUUGAACGAAAUAGAACCUUUACCAAAAAAGACUAGAUUGGAGGUAUGGUUGAGUGGACGUAGAGAAUCUCCGAGCAACGAAAUGGCUGAUCUUCGACUCAGUCCUUCAUCACCAAUGCAAUUAUCUCCGAAAAUUGAUGCGGCAGUUCUUAAAUCUUUACCCAUCGAUAUACAAAGAGAAGUGACCCGUUCCUGGCCGACGACUAGUAAACCAAAACCCAAUAAUAUACUUAAAUACUUCAUAGCCAAUAAGUGACGGAGUUCUAUGGCCUAGAAAUAUAAUAUAGCCAUCGUUAUGUACACACUUACACACCUACAAUAUUGGAUGGCAGCACCAUGUGAUACUAUGAAUUUAAGUUACUAAAUAUUUUAAAUCAAUUUAUGAUUUUGGGUAUUAACUUUCUGUAUACACAUAUUUUCUAGAACAUUUACAUUAAAUGAAUGUUGAUAUAAAGUAACUUUAUCGUAUAAUUUUGAUCAUUUCAUUAAACAUCACAAAAAAAGACCAAUGUGAAUUUGCAUAAAACAGCUGUAUAAAACAUAUUUUUAUUCAUUUCUUUUUGACGAAAUCAAGCACAAUUGGUACUUAAAUUACCUAGAAUAGUCGGACUUUUUUGAGUUGCAUUGCAUUUAAGGUGUAUUCACAAAAAUGAAAGAAAAUGAAAAUGUAAAUCGACUAUCAAUGAAAAGUAUUUCUAUUUAAGUAGAAUUCUUUAUUAUAAAUCAAAGAUAAAGUAUUGUAAAAUAAGUUUUAUUUUCAUCUUUCACACAUUCAAUAUGUAUGUUUUAUAUGAUUCUUAAUACUAUCGCGUAUUUCUUAAUGUUUAAUAUUGUUCGGAUGAAUAAAAAUUAAGAUUAAGUAAGUUAAA